AUUUCUUCGUGUACAUAGUUGCAAUGUAUAAACUGAUAAUCCAUUUGUUCUGAAAUAAUAGUCAUAUGUUGUCAGAACUUAUAUUGAAACAGAUAGGAGUAAACAGAUCUGGAGGUCCCUAAACUUUGCCAAAAGGAGCAGUUUAGUCCCUCAACUUUGAAAAGGAGCAGUUUAGUCCCUCAAAACGGAUGGAAACAGCUACUUUUGCUAACACCGUUUGAUUUUCCGUUAAAUUAAAUAAAAUAAUAAUAAUACUACUUUAAAAAAAAAGAAAAUUAAUUUACAUGUGUAUUAAUGAUUUGAAACAGAUGAUUUCAUUACUUUUUAGCAUUUUCAACUUAUUUCGCGUUUUCACAUUUACACGUUUCUAUCCUCUCCCUUUCUAGGUCCUUCCCAGUUCCCACUCACUCACUUCUUCUCCGUAGCAAAUCCACAACACUUUCUCUCUUCUCCCCCAUCCAUCUCCUGGAGAGUAAACUAAAAUCAAUACAAUUUAUCCAAUAACAUUUUCAUAAAACUACACAAAAAAUCAAAAAAUGGGCAGAGAGAUAAGAAAUACCUCCAGAAAACCAACCGGAGCGGCACGUCGCAACAGAGAGCGUGGAGGUAAGCAACGCAGAGGCGGUGGUCGUGUGAUACUAGAUCAACUAUUCAACACAACAACUCAAUUCAACCGGAGAUCUGAAGUGAAAUCGCCAUUGUCUCAGUUAUUGGAAUCGAAUUCCGAAUUUAUGGACAAUUUGCGGAGCUUAUUGCAGAAAAAACAUGAAAUUGGGUUAGAUGAAGAAGCAUUGAAUAUUCUGGGUAAAUUGGUAGAAGCUCAACCUUUUGAAAUGGAGAGGUUAUUGAGUGAAAUGGCAAAAGCCCAGGAAGCAUUUGAGGAUAUCCUUGCACUGAAUCCUCUCUCUUUUGAGGCAUUGUUUGAGAAUGCUUUGCUGAUGAAUGGGUCUAGCGAAAGCGAUACCGUGAUUGCUAGGCUAGAGCAGGCUUUGAGCAUUGCCAUGGAUGAGAAUAAGGCGAAGGAAGCUAGGGAUGUAAGGUUGAUCAUUACUCAAAUUCAGUUUUUGCAUAAGAAUGUAGAUGAAGCAUUGAAAAAUUAUGAGGAAUUAAUCAAGGAGGAUCCUAAAGAUUUUUGACAAAAUGUGAUGAAAAGAGAGAGAGUUUGUAUUGAUGAUCAAAACUAAUGAAUAAUUAUUACAGUAAUGAAGGUCUUUUAUAGCUUAAUACAUUCUAGAAGCUACUGAAAUCUGUUACAACUAACUCCUAGAAAUAAGGAAGCUAUACUAACUGAAAGUGCCAGCGUGGCAUCUCUCAUGCACUACAAUGCAGCACGUACUGAUCUAAUGCUCAAGCUGAUCAAUUGUGCAACAUGUAUAAGCUUAACAGUCCCCCUCAAGAUGGAACAUCACAAGUUCCAAUCUUGGACAAUAAUUGUUGAAACUGUGCAGAAGAAAGAGGCUU